UGAUAUCUGGCGCAGUGGUUGUGUUGAGGGUCAGGUUGAAUCAGAAGACUGCAGGGUAAACACUGAGAUGUUAAACUCUAGACUGUACGGAGUUAACCACAAAUGUUUUUACAGGAGAAUUGCUUGCUCCUUUUUAUCGUUUUACUUACAGAUGGGUACGAACAGACAUUUAAAACUAAAGGCAGUGUUCACACAGGACUGAAGCGAUACAGUUAUUGAUGUGACAUGUUCCAUACAAAAUGUGCAGCUUAUCCCAGUUAGUCCAUGGCCUAUCAGCAUGAGUCCAUCGAUCUCAGCUCCCCUCCAGCUACUUUGGGACACAGCUGGUUCCCUCAACCUCCACCACCUAUUUACUCCUGCAGCCUGACCCCUGACCUGGUGGCCAAGGCCAGGGAAGAGCUCCAGGAGAAACCAGAGUGGCGUCUACGGGAUGUCCAGGCUCUUAGAGAUAUGAUUCUGAAGGAGCAGCCUAACCUCAGGACCAGGUUGGACGACGCCUUCCUCCUGCGCUUCCUGCGGGCCAGGAAGUUUGACUAUGACCGUGCCCUGCAGCUGCUGCUCAACUACCACGCAGGCCGUAAAGCCUGGCCCGAGGUGUUCCAGGACCUGAAGCCGUCCACAGUGAAACAUGUCCUGGACCUGGGCUUCCUCACAGUCCUGCCGCGUCCAGAUCCCAACGGGCGAUACAUCCUCUGUCUCCGGCCAGGAAAAUGGAAACCAAACGAUUAUCCAUUUGUUGACAAUGUGAGAGCCAUUUAUCUAACGCUGGAAAAGCUCAUCCAACCGGAAGAAACGCAGGUGAAUGGAAUCGUCAUCUUAGCUGACUACACCGGUGUCGGGAUGUCACAGGCAUCCAACCCUGGCCCGUUCCUUGCCAAAAAAGUUGUCAGCAUCCUCCAGGACGGUUUCCCCAUCAGAAUCAAGGCUGUCAACAUAAUAAACGAGCCCCGGAUUUUCAAGGGCAUCUUCGCCAUAAUUAAACCCUUCCUGAAGGAGAAGAUGGCAGAGAGGUACAUUCUCCACGGCUCGGACAUUCGCUCCCUGCACAGGAACAUCCCGCCGCUGGUCCUUCCUGUAGAGUACGGCGGCACCGCUGCCCAGCUGGACGUGCGUGCCUGGUCCAGGCUGCUGCUGGACUGUGAGGAGGAAUUCAUCGUGGAGUUUUGCCAACCGGAUCCGCUAGAGGGCGUCGUGCUCCCAGACUCCAUGCUGUAUGAAGGAGAGCAGAACAGCGGGCAGGAAGAUGACACCUUCAGGGGGCUGCGAUCACAGCUCUACUACUGCUACUGAAGAACACCGACGCCGAGAGAAUGUUCUCCGUGUCAUGUGGAAACAUAUGUGUGGACUAUUUUACAUGGCACGUUGCCAACGUUAUUCUGUAUACACUAUAGGAUUUAUUUUACUAACAAAGCAGCAGUAGUGAAGGGGCAGUGUCUCCUGUCGUUAAGGUGUAGCUCGGUGUUCAGUCAGGAUCCCAGGGCAGCUCCACACAGACACAGUUGGUGGAUGUGAUGAGAUCAUCGCUGGUAUUUACAGUAAAGACGGUUUUGUUCUUUUUGAAACAGUUCAACGCCCCCUUUUGACAAAUGCCCUGUUUUCUGUAAAUAUUCCUCCUGGUCAUUAACUGUGCCUCCAGUUUAAAAGGUGUUGGUUGGAGAUUUCAGUGUGUUUAACUAAAGCUAGGAAUAAAAGGUCACAGCAGUAUACUGUACCAGGCUUAGUCAAAAUGUUCUAAGGCAGAUGUUAGGCUUUCAAAAGGUGACACAUUUGUUUAUCUAUUUCUAACCAACUCUAAAUAGAAAGUUGUUAAAAUCAUCAAAGCUUUUUUAACAGUUUUGAGCUCCAUUUUUCUUUCUUUCUUUGGCCUCAUAUGAGGCAAAGAAGGAAUUUAUCCAUUAAAAUAUAAACGAAGGGUGUGUAGAGAAAUAACCAGGUUAUUCUCAUCAAUGAAGAGUAUUUUUCCAGCAUGUCUUCGAUCACUUUGACUUACCCUCACAUGUUUCUCAGUCCAAAUAACUCUCAUUAUUACAGUGUGUGUCAUGUGCAGCUUAGUCAACAAGCAGUGUCCAAAACACACAGAGGGACGUUAGAAGGAAUGUUAGUGAUGCACAGUGGGAACAGAAUGGUUUUCUAAUAAUGUAAACCAAAACACUUGAAUGUACACAUUGGCAUGAACACUGUUUUGGGACAGACAUGGAAAAAUGUGACCCUUCAAGCUGACAUUUUCCACUGAGUGAGAAUUGAAAAAC